ACAGUUGAUAGGCUAUUAGAUAUUUAAAUGUGUAAUUCUCCCUCCGAUCUGAGACCGGCAGCAAUACAGCGUCUAGUCUGCCGGAAACGCGCAAGAAGAAGAAAGAGACAUACAGUAAACAGAGAACACAAAUAUGCAGACGAUUAAAUGUGUUGUGGUUGGAGAUGGAGCGGUGGGAAAAACCUGCCUUUUGAUUUCAUACACAACCAACAAAUUCCCCUCUGAAUAUGUACCAACAGUGUUUGAUAACUAUGCAGUAACUGUCAUGAUUGGAGGUGAACCUUACACCCUAGGAUUAUUUGAUACUGCAGGUCAGGAGGAUUAUGACAGGUUACGGCCUUUGAGCUAUCCCCAGACUGAUGUUUUCCUAGUUUGUUUCUCUAGUGUUUCACCCUCUUCAUUUGAGAAUGUUAAAGAAAAGUGGGUACCUGAAAUCACUCACCACUGUCCGAAGACACCAUUCCUGCUGGUUGGAACUCAGAUUGACCUGAGAGAUGACCCUUCCACAGUAGAGAAGCUGGCCAAGAACAAACAGAAGCCCAUCAGCCCUGAGACAGCUGAGAAGCUCGCCCGUGACCUGAAAGCAGUCAAAUACGUUGAGUGCUCUGCCCUAACACAGAAAGGACUAAAGAAUGUGUUUGAUGAGGCAAUACUGGCUGCCCUGGAGCCUCCGGAACCCAAGAAGAGGCGCAAAUGUGUGCUGCUCUGAGCAUUUCCUCUCUUCUAUUGGUUAGAGCAUUUCAUCAACACUACUCGGAGAAAAGCAAACCAUUAUUGCACAACGUUACUUCACUCCUAUUGGUAACUGACACAAAUAUUUUUACAAUGUUUGCAAAGUAGUGUGUGAACUAGAUUGAUCUCUACUAGAACCUUUGCAAUAUAACCCUCUUAUGUAGUAGUACACAUCAUUCCUUGAGCCAUCUCAGUAUUUUUCAGUGAAACAGAUUGGUGGCAGCAUAGUCUUAUCAGAAGUGUGGGUCAGACACACACAGCUGAUGAUUGGGACCAGUGACAACAGGACAAAACAAUUUUACCUUCAAUACUGUCGGCAAUAUUCCCAAAGUUUUUUUAUUUUUUAUGAUUCCCCUUUUUCAGGUGUAUAUAAUGUUUUCAUGAACACCUGAGGUGAACAUAAAUCCCCUUUCAAUUGGGAAAGUGAUAAUAGAUUCUGUAACAGUCGAUAGUAACAAUGAUAUGUUGGUGCCAACCCAGUUACAACAUAUGCUAUGUUUGUCAAGGCAGUAUAAUAGUUUUCUUUUUGUCUUUUAAAGCAAAUGCCUUGUCUGAUGUCACAUACUCUAUUGCAUUCUAGGCACUUAAGUCUUUACUGCUCUGAAUGAAACAGCUCAUUGUUGCAGUGUAAAACCACCAUGAGACUUUUGCUUUAGAAUUUCACUCAGUUGACAGAUUGUUCCUCCUUGACAGGAACAGAAUCUUACAGGAUGUUUAUUUGUUUUAUACAAAAAUGUGCAUCUCCGUUGUCACAAUUUGAGUAUAAGUGAAUUUCUUGAAAUGUAUCAACCAAAUAAAGUUUAAAAUUCUAAA